AUGUCGCUAUUCCUUUCACCACCUACAGACCCUAAGAUACAGAUUGAGAACCGUGCCUCUUAUUUCUCUUCUUCUUCAGAGCAAGUAACUUGGAGCAGCUUUGCUGACAACCCAUCCAUCGGCACAAACAACCAGUUGGGGAUAGUGGACUUGAAUCACCUGGAGACCAUCAGCAUGGAUGCGUCCCUGGACCUGCCACGGAUUCUUUGUCUCCACGGCGGGGGAAUCAAUGCUCUUAUCUUUCGCAUGCAAUGCCGCGUCCUAGAGCGAAGGCUUCGUUCUCAUUUCCGGCUAGUCUACGCUGAGGCACCGCUCCCAGCACGACCAGGCCCGGACGUGACAGCCGCCUACAAAGAUCAUGGGCCCUUCAAAGCAUGGCUGCGUGUGCAGCCCACAGAUCCCGUUUUGAAUGAAUACCAGAUCGUGGACGGUAUAAAAGAUUCCAUAUCCGCCGCUCAACAAGCAGACGAUAAGCGUGGAGCGAGUGGCGAAUGGGUUGGGUUACUGGGGUUCAGCCAGGGUGCGCAUCUGGCAGCCAGCAUUCUAGCAAACCAGCAAAUACUUCAUAAUGCGGCGGACCCUGUCUACAGGUUUGCGAUUCUGCUAGCGGGACGAGGUCCACUGCGCUGGCUGAACCCGGACCUGCCCAUGCCACCGGGAUUCAUUGACGCGGCGCAGUGUACAACAGGCCAGGAACUCGUGGACAAUAUGGAAUAUAAAGACUGUAGGGUUCGAAUUCCGACGGUACAUGUCCAUGGUAUGGCCGACCCGAACCUGGGGUUGCACCGCAGGUUGCUCUAUGAGUAUUGUGAUUGGAGAUGUGCGACGCUGGUGGAAUGGGAUGGUGAUCAUCGAGUGCCGUUUAAGGCCAAGGAUGUCAUGUCAGUGGUACAAGAGAUUAUCAAUGUGGCACAACGAACGGGCGUGAUGACAGCAUCAUAG